GGGUCUGGCUAAAGCACUGCCUCGAUAACCAGGCUGCCCUUUUCCCCAUCGCCUUAACUCCAAGGGUAGGGGGUGUGCAUAGGCAGAAAUUAACCUACGCUUAAAACUUUCUUUAGUGAAAGUUGAUACACACACUUUUUUGUGUUUUAAAUAUAUUUUCACUCACCUUUUAAAAGUGCGUGAGACCUUUUUUUUCCCCUUUUUUAAAUUAUAUUAAAAGCAACGUAACUUCACCCAAGAUGAUCGACACAGUGACAGAACCCGGAGCACAGCCCUUUCCCGUUCAGCUGAAGGCCCUGACGGAUCUGGAGGGCCGAUACCAACCGAAGCUGAGCGGCUUGAGGCUCAUCGAGAUCUCCCAGGACAAUGGUCUCCGGAUGACCGCCAGGCUGAGGGAGCUGGAGGUGAAGGACCUGCACUCUCUGACCAGGUUCUUUGGUUUCAGCUCGGAGACCUUCUCACUGGCCAUCAGCUUGUUGGAUCGAUUCCUCUCCGUGAUGAAGAUUCAACCAAAGCACCUGUCCUGCGUGGGCCUGUGCUGCUUCUACAUUGCCGUGAAGUCUGCAGAAGAGGAGAAGAACGUGCCUCUGGCCAACGAACUGAUCCGCAUCAGUCAGAAUCGCUUCACGGUGUCUGACAUGAUGAGGAUGGAGAAGAUCAUCAUGGAGAAGCUUAACUGGAAGGUGAAGGCCCCCACAGCCCUCCGCUUCCUCCGGCUCUUUCACAGCCACAUCCAGAAGCAGCUGGACGCUGAGAGCAGGAAGAUACUGAGCCUCGAGAGACUGGAGGCCCAACUGAAAGCCUGUCACUGCUCAUUUGUCUUCUCCAAAAUAAAGCCGUCUCUGCUCGCGAUGGCGCUCCUGUGUUACGAGGCCCAGGAAGAACACGACCCCGAGUACACUGACAACAUAGCAGAGGCCCUGAAAGCUCUGCAGCAGCAGCAGCUGCAUAUCAGAGACGGGGACCUGGUUUGCGUGCGGGAGUUGGUUGGAAAGUGCCUGGCUGAAUAUGCUACCACCAGGUGCUCCAGGCCCAACAGCCAGAGGCUUCGCUGGACUAUUUCGGGAAGAACUGCACGUCAGCUGAAGCACAGCUACUACAAGAUCACUCAUCUUCCCACCAUACCCGAGUCAGCCUGUUAAUCCCUGGAGGUACGGACGGGUGACCUUACAUGCAGGGGGAAAAUUGCAACUGUCCCUAAAUUGGAUGCAACUUUCGGGUUGAUUUCUUGCAGUGUGGUCACCCUUGUACAGCUCCAGUUAUUUUCCUUGCAGACCUUCAUCGGUGAUGAUGGAUGUCUUUAAGGAAAAGCUCAAAAGAAAUCUUACUGAUUUACUCAACUAGUCUUUUAUCUGCCCCAAUGACGAGUAAUGCUUCGUCAGAACGGUUUAUCUACCGCCAUCCUGCUAAGUUCUACUUUCCUGGUCGAGUGGCUUGCACAAGUGUACAGUAUGAUCUUGAUAAAAUCCGUUCCACGGUGUUUGGUAUUUCCUGGAACGGGUUGCUGGUUUUAAGCUAAUAAGUAUGUAACCACCUAGGUCCUCAGUCCACUAUGUGGAAGAGGAGGGAGAAGGAUUUUGUGAAUAGCAAAAAUGGAACCAAGAAAUCGGGCCCAAAAUCCUUAACUCCCACCCUAGGUUGCUGAACUGUCCUGUUUGCACACUCCUACCCAAGGUGAUGAUUUUUUGUUUUUAUUUUGAUACGGAGAGGGAGUUCUGGUCUUCUCCAGUGACGUGAGGCCGUUGACGAUCAAGUCGCGUAUGGCUGACCAUACUGUUUGAGCCGGUGGUUACAGAUGAGUUGUUUUCACAAAUUUCGAAUUUGUUUACACAGUUAAGUACUGCAUGUAUUAUUGAUUUCAGUUGUCAAUUAUACAGCAAAAACAGAAAAAAAUUGCUUGUUGCAGUGGAAAUGUGGAUUGCAAUUUGUAUUGCAUUUUCUUUGUCAGAUUCCCUGUCCAGCAGAAGUUUCUUUGAGUGACAAAAAAAAAAGUUUCCAAACUUAAAAUGGCAAAUUGAAUACACCAUCUCGUUAACCUAUGUAUUGUACCUUUCAAUAAAACUUUAUUGAAAAGCUA